AUGGAGGUGGUGCAGUCGGCGCUGCAGCUGAUGCAGGUGAUCCUCAAGCGGGCUUCAAGCAAGUUAGCUGUUCCACCGGUGUGGUGCGUCACACACGGAACGCAGCAUGGGACCAUCCGGAGCUAUCUUCAUUCUGGACUCUGGGGCUUGGCACGAACAUUCCGCGCCGAGGAGCCCUCUGUCAAGCUUCACUGUCUGGACCUGGACGGUACGCUGUCCAGCCCAGAGGCUCUUGCUGCUGGCUUGAAGCAGUGGCUCAUUGCGCUCAAGGAGACCGUGGAGACGGAAGUGGCCAUUGCAGGGUCAGCAUUUGCAUCACGCCUCAGCAGAAGCAAGGCCAAGCCUCAGAAGCCGCUUGAGCUGCUGAUGUCCAUGCGUGGGAGCCUCUCGAACUUGAGGCCAGUGGUGCAGGAGUCUCGGCGAGCACCGAAAGGGUCCGAAGUGGAGCUCCGCGUCCGAGCAGUGGGCCUGAACUUUCGAGAUGUUUUGAACGUCAUGGGUCUCUACCCAGGAGAUCCUGGGCCGCCGGGAGCAGACUGUGCAGGCACCCUCCUUACGACAGGCAGCGAGGUGUCCCACAUCCGUUUUGGCCAAGACGUAUUUGGCGAAUCGCCGGGUUGCCUAAAGACAUACAAUGUUGGUCCGGGCGCCUUGCUGACGAUGAAGCCCAAGACGUGGUCUUUCGAGGAGGCAUGCUGCAUGCCGGUCAUCUUUGUAACCGUGGAAGAGGCACUGCGAGAUCUCGCCAACUUAAAACGAGGAGAGCGCGUACUGAUACAUGCUGCGGCCGGGGGAGUCGGACUUGUGGCGAUCCAGUAUGCUCAACUUGUUGGAGCGGAGGUCUACGCAACUGCGGGGGCAGAUUCAAAGCAUGAGUUUCUGCGGUCCCUGGGCGUGAAAUUUGUCACCAGCUCGCGAAAUGCCGCACAGUUUGAAGAAGAGCUUCGUGUAUGUCUGGCGGAGUCCGAAGCGGAUGGCGUGGAUGUUGUGCUGAACAGCUUGAGCCACGAUCGCUACAUCCCCUUGUCCUUAUCUUUCUUGAAGAAGGGCGGCCGCUUCAUUGAAAUCGGCAAGAGAGGGAUUUGGACCCAUGAGGAGAUGCACGCAGCAAGACCGGAUGUUCUGUACGAAAAGAUUGCAGCAGACACCAUGAUGGAGAACGAACCCUGGCGCUACAACGCGUACCUCAACCGCCUCCUCAGCAGGGUCGAAGAAGGUACGCUGAAGCCCAUCAACAUGCACAGCUUUGAGGGAAUGGACAAGGCAGUGGCUGCAAUGCAGUUCCUGCAGCGCGCACAGAACGUGGGCAAAGUAGUGAUCAGACACCCAAGCACGUUGGGUGUGAAGCCUGAUUCACACUACGUGCUCAGCGGCGGACUGGGUGCUCUGGGCAUGGUCACCGCCAGCUAUCUUGUCGAAGAAGGUGCGAAGUCUAUGACUCUGCUGUCUAGGAGCGGCCGGCCUUCGGGAGAUGUUGCAAAGCUCUGGGCCGCAUUGAAAGAGGCCAGUGUGGAGCUUUCUGCUACACCCUGUGACAUCACGAUGCUUGAGGAUGUGCAGGCUUUGGGUGUCAGCUUGAAGACAGAGAAGAAGUCGGUUUCUGGUCUCAUUCACUUAGCUGCCGUGCUGGAUGAUGCCACUCUUCCCAAGCUGACGCCAGGACAUUUGGAGCGCUCCUAUGCCGCAAAGGUACGCGGUCUAAGGCACCUUCGUCUCUGUCUCUGGCAGAGCUCGCAGAGCUUGGACUUCGCCUUGCUCUUCUCCUCCACCUCCGCGCUGUUCGGUUCGCCAGGACAGGGCAACUACGCGGCAGCUAACGCUGCGUUGGAUGGCCAUGCUCGCUAUUGGAAGACUUUGCAAGAGCCUGUGGUUUCGGUGCAGUGGGGCCCUUGGAAAGAAGUGGGCAUGGCGGCCCAGAAAGGGACAGUGGAGCGCUUGCGCGCCUCGGGUAUCGGAAGCCUCAGCAACGCCUUUGGCAUGGCGGCCCUGGCUGGCUGCCUGCAAUGGCCGCUGUCGACAACGCUUGUGGCGCAACCAAUGCACUGGGCAGCCUACUUGAAGCAGUAUGCCAAAGUUCCGUCGUUCCUGUCCCGCUUCGCCAGUGAGGUCAAAACCGCCAAGCCGAAGAGUGCACCCGCUGUUGGGGUGCGAGCUGCCACCGUUGGGCCCACUUUUCCACGGCUGGACAAGGCAUCCCUGAGGCAGAUGCUUCAGAGCAUUGCGUCAGAGGUCGUCGGUGGUGGGGUAGUGGAGCAGGAUGCUCCGCUUAUGGACUCUGGCAUGGAUUCGCUGUCGGCUGUGGAGUUCCGAAAUCGCUUCACCAGCAAAUUGCCAGGAGUCAACCUUCCGAACACUUUGACCUUCGACUAUCCCACGAUCUCUUCCAUCGCGGACUUCAGCGCCAGUCAGAUAGGACCGGCACCGGCAGCAGGUCCGGGCUUCGUCAGGCCAUGGUCCCUGGCCCCAGCUCAGAAGAGGCAGGUCAGAGAGUUGCUGAAGCGGACUGCCUCAGACACCACCGGCGGCGUGAUCGAGGAAGACAAGCCUUUGAUGGAGUCUGGAAUGGAUUCGCUCUCUGCCGUGGAGUUCCGCAACCGGCUCUCCAGCGAGCUUCCAUCGCUCAACUUACCCAACACGCUCAUUUUCGAUUACCCAACGAUUGCAAGCAUAACUGGCUACGCGACAGAGCAGCUGGGCACGACGGCGACUCCAAUGGUGGACGGGGCAGGUUCUCUUCUCAAGGGACCACCGCAGGGCAGUCUGGACGAGCAGCUGUCCGUUGUUGGAAUGGCUGCGUAUUUCCCCGGGGCGGCGUCCGACAGCAAAAUCUUCCAUGCAGUCAUCACCAAGGGCGUCGACGGUGGUGUGGAGGUGCCGUUUGCACGAUGGGAGCUGGAGGAAGUCUGGGAUCCGAACCCUGAUGCGCCUGGCAAGAUGUAUCCGAGGCAUGGCAACUUCGUGGACGGGGUGGAGUUCUUCGAUGCUAUGUACUUCGGCAUCUCGCCGCCGGAGGCCCGGGCGAUGGACCCUCAGCAGCGGCUGCUGCUCGAAACAUCCAUGAACAGCCUUCAGGAUUCCAGGCUGGAAAGGCCAGGCCUCAUGGGAAGCGAGGUCGCUGUUCAUGUGGGCAUGACGAACAACGACUGGAUUCAGAUCCAGAGCCGCGAUUCCCGAAAGAUCAGUCCCUACACGGCGACAGGAAUGUCGUUUUCCGUUGCGGCUGGCCGAAUCUCCUAUGCCCUGGGUCUAAAGGGACCCAGCUAUGUCGUGGACACGGCGUGCUCUUCGGCGCUGGUUGCUCUGGAUUGCUCCGCUACCGCCCUGAGGAAGGGCCGAUGUGCGGCAGCCUUGAGCGCGGCCGCCAACGUCAUGACCAGCGCAACAACCUACAUCAGCUUCAGCAAGCCGCGCAUGCUCUCUGCCAAGGGGCGCUGCCUUACGUUCGAUGCCUCGGCAGACGGCUACGCGCGCGGUGAGGGUGCUGGGGCCGUUGUGCUUCGGAAGCCCAGCGAUGUCAUCGUGUCGGAAUCUGUGGAGACGUCUGCAAGCCUGGAACGGUGUGCGUUGUUGGGAGUGGCUGUGAAUCAGGAUGGCCGCAGCUCAACCCUCACAGCGCCGAACGGCCCCUCGCAACACAUGGUUAUGAUGACGGCCCUGGCGGAGGCGCGGCUGGUACCCGAGGAGAUCGUUCAUAUGGAAUGUCACGGAACAGGGACUCCGCUGGGUGAUCCAAUUGAGAUUGGUGGCAUCAAGUCAGCAAGUGCAUCUCGCAGCGCGGACACGCCACUCAUCCUGGCAGCGGUGAAGUCCAACUGUGGUCAUUUGGAAGGUCCUGCUGCCUCCACCGGCCUCAUCAAGUCUGUCGCAAUCAUGGAGCAUGCAGCCUCCAUGUCUUCCUUGCAUCUUCGUCACCUGAAUCCAAGUGUCGCAGCAUUGCAUGAUCUCCCCGGUGCCUUUGUCACCGAAGCCGUGCCCAUCUCCAAGCUCGCAAUGCAGUCAGCGGGCCAGCUUUGCCGUGUAGGAGGAGGCCUCUCGUCCUUUGGCUUUGGAGGAACGAACGCGCACGGGGUGGUGUCUGCGGCAACGGUAGCUGGCGAAGCCUCCCGCCUGAGGCUUGCGCGCAAGGAGGCAGAGGCACCCCGCAGACUGCUUCCAAUAGCCUUCGAGAGGCGCAACUUCUCGUGGCGAGAGGUGGGCUACCGGUUCUUGCGCGCCAAGCCCAGCCACGGCAUAUUCGAAGUGGCCAUGAGCAUGGAUGUCUAUGACGUUGUGAAACACCAUGUGGUCUUUGGUUCCAUUGUGGUGCCAGGGGUCGUAUUCGUGGAGAUGGCUCUGGAGGCUACCCGAGAGAUCUUCGGUGCAGCGCGUAUCACGGAUGUGAACAUGAUGUUCCCCUUUGUGGUGCCAAUCCGAUCUGGGCCCGAGCCUGCUGCCGUCAUGCGCUUCGUCUUGAAGUCCGACACCCGCUUUCAGAUCGAAAGCACAUCAGCAACUGGGACCGUCACCGUGCAUGCCGAAGGUGGCAUCAACCGAUCAGCAAGAAACGAAGAUGCUGAGACAAGCGUGGCACCGGUAGACCUGGAGGCACUCAAGGCCCGCGUCGUUGAAGCUAUUCCUGCGAAGGAUGUGUAUGCCAUCAUCGACAGCCUGGGUCUGUACCUCGGCCCCAUGUUCCAGACAGCCAAGGAGCUUUGGCGGAAGGAGCCAGACGAGGGCAGCGAGAGCAACGUGAUUGAAGUUCUUGGACGGCUGAAGCUUGAUCAUGGUGUCCCCAACCUCGGAUACGUGCUUCAUCCCGCGGUUUUCGAUGGUACGAUCCACACCUUGGCAGCUGCAUCUGUUGGCAAGAAUGUCAACGACCUCAAGAUCUUCGGAGGGGUUGGGCGCGUCUCCGUCAUUCAGUCGGACAGUUUCUCUCAGGAUGAGGAGUACUGGAUCUGGCUUAGCAUCAAGGAGAAACUUGAGGCCUCAGAAACCUUUGACGUCAAGGUCAUGUCCAGCAGCGGUGCUGUGCUGCUGCUCAUGGACAACGUGGUCUUCCGCAAGGUUUUGCCUGAGCAAAUCCAGAUGGCAAUCGCUGCGCAAUCCGCCACAGAAGAUGACCAGAAGAUUUACGAAGUUGAGUGGCAGGAGGUCGAAGAAGAGGAGGAGGUCGAAGAAGAAGUCGAGGAGCGUUGGCUUGUCCUGCACCACCGAGCUUCGCAGAGCUUCACGGAGGAGCUGGAAUCACAUCUUGGCAAAAAUCACCGCUAUGCUGAUCUUGACGACAGCGCAGACUGGGGUAAUCUUCAGGACUAUUCCAGGGUGGUGAGUCUGGCCGGGGUGGCCAAUCUGUCGGAGGAUGCAGCGGAGAAAGCGGCUGCAGAAGUUCUGGAGGCGCUCGCCGGCACCCUGAAAGUCAUGCAAGAAAUGGCAGGAAUGGCUUCCAAGGAUGCUGGCAUGCCGGAACUCUGGCUGCCAAUCUCUUUGAGCAACAGCGUCCUAGAGGGCGAUCUCUCGUCCUCGGCUGAGCUCCCCGCGAGUCACGCGGGAAUCUGGGGCUUGGCCAAGGCCUUCCGCAUCGAGCACCCGGAGCUGAGAACCGUGUCCUUGGACCUGGCGGACGCCUCGGCUUCAGGCUUGGCCAGGCAGCUGCAGCUGCGGCGCAGCGAGCCCGAGCUGGCGGUGAGGAACGGCACUUCGCAUGUGCCGCGACUGGUGGAUGCCACUUCGAGGCUGCAGAACGCACAGAGCGGCCAGCCGGUGGAUCCCGACUUCGGGGAAGGACUCUACGUCGUCACGGGCGGCACCGGUGCCCUUGGCCUCGUCUUCGUGGACUGGAUGGUCCGCUGCGGUGCGCGGGGCCGGUUUGCUUUGCUGUCCCGAAGCGGUCAGCCUCAGGCCGACUCGAAGGCCGCCUUCCGCAGGCUCGAAAAGGAGAAGGAGGCUCAGGUGGAGAUCUCGGCGUGCAAGUGCGACAUCAGCUCCAGAGCUGACCUCCUGCGCGUGCUCACGAAAGAGAACGACCAGGGUCACGUUGUCAAGGGCAUCCUGCAUGCAGCCGGAACAUUGGCAGAUGGCCUCAUCAAGACUGGGCAAAGCCGCGCGACGCUGAAGGCUGCGUGCUCGGCGAAGGUGGACGGCUCCCUUCAGCUGCACACAGUGGCCGCCGAGCUGGGCCUGCCCCUGGAGUUUAUGUGGCUCUUCUCCUCGGCAGCCGCUAUGAUAGGCUCGGUCGCGCAAGGCAACUACUGUGCUGCCAACGCCUUCAUGGAUGCCAUGGGCGCCCGCAGACGUGCCAAGAACUUGCCUGCCAUCUCUGUGCAGUGGGGGCCAUGGGCAGACGUGGGCAUGGCAGCCCGGGCCGGAACGUCCGAAGGCAGCAUGGCGCGGCUGGACCCCGAGCGCGGCUUGGAGGCCAUGGCCCUGGUGCUUGGGAGCUCCUUGCGACCCUCAGGAACACUGGGCAUCGCACGGAUCAAGUGGAAGUCGCUGUUGGGGCAGAUGCCCACCGUUCCGCCAGUGCUCAGCAAGUUUGGUAGUAGCAGCGGCCCAAAGAAAGACCCGCGGGCGGUUGGCACCGUGGUAAGUGCUGACGAGAUCAAGGGUGCGGUCGUGGGCGUCCUCCAGGAUGUCCUUGAGGCGUCUGACCUGGACCUAUCCACACCGCUGAUGGAAAUGGGUCUUGACUCUUUGGCCGGCGUUGAGUUCCGCAACCGGCUCCAAACCUCCUUCGAGGGAUUGCAGUUGUCGUCAACACUGAUGUUUGACUAUCCCACUGUACCAGAUUUGGUCGACUACAUCUACAACCAGAUGCGACCAGCUGAAGACGACCUCGCGGCCAGCAGAGCCGUCGGCGGAGUCGCAUCGGGCGACUUCUCUGCCAUGCUCGCCAUCGCUAGCCAUGCUGGACGGUAUCCCGGGUGCUUCACCAACAAUGUGGAGGAGUAUUGGCACAACAUGAGCUGUGGAUUUGACACCACCACAGAGCUUCCGCCCGAACGAUGGGAUAUGGAUGCCUACUACGACGCCGAUGUGGAUGCACCAGGCAAGACCUACGUACGACUCGGGCACUUCAUCCCAGGCAUCGAGCAAUUCGAUGGAGACUUCUUUGGCGUUUCCGAAGCGGAAAUGCGGUCCAUGGACCCCCACCAGUGGCUGGCGCUCGAGAUCAGCUACGAGGCUCUCCAUGCAGCCAACCUCAACAAGGAUUCCCUGCAGGGCAUGGACUGCGGCGUUUUCGUUGGCUGCUGUAACUUGGGAGGGAACGAUGUUGAUCCGUUUGGGUUUGGACCCUUCUCCAACAUUGGCUUAGCCUACUCAGGCGUAUCAGGCCGUGUCUCCCACGCGUUAUCUCUCCGGGGCCCUUGCUUCACAGUGGACACAGCCUGCUCAUCGACGAUCGUCGCCGUGGAUUCGAGCUCUCAGGCCGUCAGAAUGGGCAGGUGCCAGAGUGCUGUGGCAACCGGUGCCAAUGUCCAGCUGUCAGGCUGCGUCUGGGUCGGCUUCUCCAAAAUGCGUGGUUUGUCCUUCGACGGCCGCUGCAAGACAUUUGAUGCCCGGGCAGACGGCUUCGCACGGGGUGAAGGUCUCGGCUCUGUCUUCAUCCGCGGUGCAGAGGCGGAGGGCGGAGGCAACUUGGUUGGCCUUGCCGGAGUCGCCAUCAACCACGAUGGGCGCGCGGCGACCAUCACGGCGCCCAACGGAACUGCACAGCAGCGCGUGCUGCGGGCGGCGUUGGCAGAUCGCGGCACCCAAGGCGAGGAUGUAACAUGCCUCGAAUGCCAUGGCACUGGAACAGCACUGGGCGAUCCCAUUGAGGUGGGAGCACAGAGGGCUGUGUAUGGAAAGGGCCGUACAGAAUCCCAGCCGCUCAUUCUCGCAGCUACGAAGUCCAACAUCGGUCACACGGAAGGCUCGGCAGGUGUGGCCGGCAUCUCCAAGGUGAUCCUGGCCAUCAGAAAGGCGCAGAUCACACCGAACCUGCAUCUGGAAAGCCUGAAUCCAAAUAUCGACCUGGGUGGCUUCAAUACCUUGAUGCCCGAUAAGCUCGUGGAGUGGAAGAGCGCCAGCAUUCGAUCCGGUGUGUCUUCCUUUGGCUUCUCUGGUACAAAUGGCCAUGGCCUCUUGGAGGAGAUCCUCACGCAGCCAGCCGAGCCAAAGGUGUUGACGCCCAUGCGCUUUGCCCGGAAGGUCUAUCCCUGGAGGGAGUGGAUGCAGAAGGUUGUUUAUUUCGAAGAAUGGGUGAAGGCCGACUGCAGCAUGAGCUCUCCGCUCGACGGAAAGGCCUUGGUUGUCACAGAUGGCACUUUGGCGAAGCCCCUCACUUCAGCGAUGCCCAACGAGGCGGUCGUCUGGACGCAGAUGGACACGGCAGCUAUCGGCGAGAAGAUGAAGAGUGCCGGGACAGCCACGGCUGUGUUUGCUCGCUGCUUGGAAUCCAGAGCCGAGCCCCUGCCUGGCUCACACCUCGAGGAGUUGGUAGCCUUCUUGCAGGGUGCCAUUCUGGCGGAGCUCCCGAAGUUGUUAGUCGUGGUGACACGGGGCGCAUGCGAAGCCAAACGCACGAAUUUCGACGCUGGCGCCCUGAUUUGGGGUUUGGUCCGCACGGCGAGAAUGGAGAUGCCUCGUGUUACGAUCAAAACAGUCGAUGUGUCAGUCGAUUCUGGUCCCGAAGACAUCGCCAGGUCCAUUGUAGCCGAGUUGCAGGGGCCAGAUGGUGACGUUGAGGUUGCUUACACGGCCGAGGGCAGGUGCGUUCCCCGCCUGAUGGAAGCGCCACAGAGCGAGGCUUUGGCCAUGCAGCGUCAGGACACCAUGAGAGAUUCGGGCUCGACCACGGACGUGAAGAACGGCCUGCAGAUCGUGACUGGUGGUUUGGGAGGACUCGGCUUGGUGGCAGCAGAGGAGCUAGCGGCCCUUGGAGCACCAGGCCUCCUGCUGGCGUCCCGCAGCGGUCGGGUUGUCGCAGGUCAGAAGCGACUGGAAGAGCAGCUUCGAAGGCUGCAGGCAUUGCCGGGCCUGAAAGUACAGCUGACGAUUUGCAACGCCGGCGAAGCAGGAGAUGUUGCCAAGGUUGUCAAGGAGGCUAAAGAUGCGGGCGAGCCCGUGCAAGGCGUGGUGCAUGCGGCGGGCAUCAUGGAGCGUUGCCCACUGCCCGACAUGGACGCUGCACACCUCAAGAAGGUGCUGGCUCCAAAGGCCAACGGCGCGUGGCACUUGCACAGCGAGUGCCCGGACAGCAGCCUCUUCGUUCUCUUCAGCUCGAUCUCCGCUGUUGUAGGCCUUGCUGGUUCCGCCUCCUACUCUUCUGCCAACGCGUAUUUGGAUGCCUUGGCCGCCUGGCGCCGUGGCGCUGGCCGCUCUGGAGUUAGCCUUCAAUGGGGCCCCGUGUCUGAGGUGGGCAUCACCGCGGCUGCAGGCAGUGAUAACUUGGAGGCCUUUGCCUUGAAGACGCUGUCGCCAGCGCAAGUGGGCAGCGCCUUGCGGCUCUGCCUUGCGGCCCCCCCGCCUCGUGCCGAAGUCAUGUUGGCCAGAGUCGACUGGCCAUCCUUCAUGCGAGAGAUUGGCAUGGAGAUCCCGCAGCUAAAGGAUCUGAAGUCGAAGGAGGCUUCCAAAGGAGCCGGGAAGGCGGCUCAAGGUGCCGGAAGUGCUUUGGCACAGCUGCCACUGGAGGAACGGCGCGGAGAGGUCUUAAAGUCCAUUAGGGCCGCAGCUUCGGGCAUGGGUUUGGAGAUGAACGACACCACGCCUCUCAUGGAGGCCGGGAUCGAUUCCUUGUCGGCCGUCGAGUUUCGGAACAAGGUCUCGAGCGAAUUCCGCUCGGCCACUUUGCCAAGCACCCUGAUGUUCGACUACCCCACCCUCACUGCACUUGCAGAUUACGUGGCCGAGCAGCUUGUGCCCACAAAGAUUGAAUGCUUGCCGGUGGCGUCUCAACUUGGAGCUCCUGCUUCCAACGAGGCCAUUGCAAUCCUGGGGGGCUCAUGUCAUCUUGCGGGUGACAGCUGGUCCUUGGAGAAGUUCGAGUUCAUGCUCUCCCAGGGUGUGGACUGCAGUGUGGAAAUGCCGCAGAGCAGAUGGGAAGUGGAUGGGUACUACGACCCCGAUGCUUCCACUGGCCUGAAAAUGUAUGUGAAACACGCGGCGUUCAUGGAAGGUGUUGAGCUCUUUGCGGCUGCUGCUUUCAACAUCAACAAGGCCGAAGCCGAGACCAUGGACCCCCAGCAACGGCACCUGCUGGAGGCAGCCUUCGAAGCCUUUACGGCGGCCGGCCUCGGCAGGGGCAGCCUCAUGGGCAGCUCUGGGGGUGUUUUUGUGGGUCAGGACAAGUGCGACUGGAAUCGCAUGAUCACCGGCGACCAAAGCGGUCCCUAUGCAGCCACGGGCGGCUCCUCAUCCAUUAGCGCAAAUCGGAUCAGCUAUGCCCUGGGCUUGAAGGGCCCGAGUGCAACCAUGGAUACGGCGUGCUCGUCGUCUUUGGUUGCAGCGGACACUGCAACAGUCACUCUUCGACGCAGGAGAUGUGAGGUGGCGGUGGUGUGCGGUGUGAACAUGAUGUUGCUUCCGCAGACUUUCGUUGCUUGCUGUCAAGCACAGAUGCUCUCAAAGGCUGGACGGUGCCGCACCUUUGAUGACACUGCCAGCGGCUAUGCUCGCGGCGAAGGUGUCGGUGCACAAGCGCUGGAACGUUUGGGAAGUCACCAGGGUUCCGGGCUGUUGGCGGAACUGCGUGGUUCAGCUCUGAACCAAGAUGGACGAAGCUCCAACCUCACCUCGCCCAACGGUCCAUCACAGCAGGCAGUGGUGUUGGCUGCACUUGCAGAAGCACAAGUUCAACCGGCUCACCAUGUGUGUGUAGAAACCCAUGGUACAGGCACAGCCCUCGGAGACCCCAUCGAAGUCGGAGCGUUGCAGGUGGUUCUGGGGGGGUCACGGCUUCAGACUGUGCAACUCGGCGCGGUGAAGACCAACAUUGGCCACUUGGAAGGUGGUGCAGGGAUGGUCGGACUUACCAAGCUGGCAUCGGUCCUGUCUCGCAACUGCUUGUCGGCCAACCUACACCUCAGAGACAUGAACUCUCACAUCUACCACGACAUGCAGGAAUUUCCCGUGAACUUUGUUUCGGAAGCAUGCCCUAGUCAGGCGACGUCAGCGGCGUCCGUGUCCUCCUUCGGAUUCGGCGGCACCAAUGGCCACGUGCUGCUUGCUCGGCCGACGACGAAAGCAGGACUGGCAGCUGUGAAGCGCUCGGCAACCGACCUGGAGCGUCAGGCCUACCCCUGGCGGGAAGCCAGCCAUCCUCUGCUCAAGCGGCGAAGUAUUCGAGACGACGGGGCAACUGUGUUCAGCUGCUCCUUCGGGGGCCAUGUUCUCGCUCUUCUCUCUCACCACAUCGUGCACGGCGAGGUUGUCGUUCCCGGCGCAUGCUAUUUGGAGAUGAUUGUCGCCGGAUGUACAACCUUCGUAGGCAGUGAAGCCUGGUGUGUGGAGAACCUGGGUUUCGCAAAGCCUUUGGUGCUGCGGCUCCUGCCGGAUGGGUCUUUGGAGGAGCCCACAGAGAUGCGCUUGGUCUUGCGCCCGGAUGGACGGCUUGAGGUGGAGAGCGAGAUCGGUAGCGACCCCGAGGACAGCAUUGUUUCUGUACACGUGGAGGCAACGCUGGUCAGGAAGUCUGGCGGCUGGGUCAAGACGAACCGACCGGAGCAG